AUGUUAACAAAGAAGAAGAAGAUGAUGAUGAUGAUGAGGCUUCCCUCUCUUUUCAAAAUCUUAGCAAUAGACGACAAGUCGACUUUUCCCUGGCCGUCAUGUCGUCAGCCAAGAACUCUCUCUUUCCGAACCACCUCCGCCGCCGUCGCCACCGCAACAGACUCCUCCGGCUCCUUCUUCACUCUCUCCUCCGAGUCCUCCGGCAGCCUUUCCACGGUAUCGGAGUCCUCCGGCGGUGACCCAAUCGAGAGAAUGAUUCGAGACCUCAGGUCAACCAAGAGGCUCCACUUCGAACCCACCGGAAAAUCGAGCUCGAUAGUGGAAGACGAGACCGUGUCGCAUCCGUUGAAGGAAGGUACGACGGUGAUGUCCAUGGAUUCGAAUGACCCGUAUUCGGAUUUUAGGAAAUCAAUGGAGGAAAUGGUGGAAGCUCAUGGGAUGAAGGAUUGGGAAAGUUUAGAAGAGCUAUUGAAUUGGUAUUUGAGAGUUAAUGGGAAAAAGAACCAUGGAUUUAUUCUUGGAGCUUUUGUUGAUUUGUUGGUUUCUCUUGCAAUGGCCUCUUCUUCUUCUUCUUCUUGUUCUUCAUCAUUGUGUUGUUAUUCUUCUUCAUCUUCUUCUUCUUCUUUACCUUGUGUAUCCUCAUCCAUGGAGAUUGAGGAGAUCUCUUCAUUAGAUGAACAUCAUCAUCAUGUUUACUCUUAA